AUGUAAGAUGAAGAAAUUAAGCAAAUGAGGAACAAUCAAAAAGCGAAGUCUUUCAAACCCUAAGGCUUUGAAGAUGCUGGGAAGAAGAGAUCUGAAAAAAUGAUGAUGAGUAAGGAUUAAUUGCGGAUAACUAACAUGCUAGUGGAUUACAAUGAUGAUAAAUUGAAAUAAAAUGAUAUACCUGAUACUGAACUCCUGGCCUCAAUGGUGGAGCUGGUUAAUUAUAGAGAUUCACCAAGUAAAUCUAAGCAUGGUGGUUCUAAUUCUUAAAGAGAGUAUGCGCAAUAUGGAAUAGACAUGAAUCCAAAGGAGAACUUUGAUAUGAAUAGCUAUUUAGAGCAUUCUAAAUAAGAGAGAGCACAGAGUAAAAAGAGAUAGAAUUUCGGAAAAGUAGACUUUGAAAAGACUAUCAAAAACAGCGACUACAGAUCUGGGUUUUUUGGCUAGGUUAGAGAUAAAGACUCUAGAUCAAUUACUAACAACUAUGCUAUAAAGUACUAUAAUCAGAAAUUUGAGUCUCUAAAGACAUUGCUUAGCAAGAAGAGACAUAAAAUGGCAUAAGAUAUUGUUAACUUGGUCACCAAGAGAAAGUAAAGCACUAAGAGUCCUUUCUUUUAAGAUACUAAUGUGGUCGAGAUGCUACCUUCACAUCAUACUUAUUCUAGAUAGGCUUCAGUAGGGUAAAGAGAGACAUUCUCAAGCAACCAUCACAGGGAUGAAAAUGCAGAUAUAAUGAGUGCUUUGGAGGAUCAGAAUACUAAGUCUUAGAACACCAGAUACACUAAAUCAAAUAGUCAGCUAGAUCUAAAGUUAAAGAUAAAUUCAACUAAUCACAAUUUUAUGAUAACACAGCAAGACUUCGCAUCUAGUAGGACACCACUUAUCACUGAAGCUCAAAAACAUUCGUAAUUAGGAAUGACUAGCAGAGUCAACUUUCUGGAGCCACUAGGAGAGCAGGUGCAAAUUAAAAAGAGGAAUUCUUAGAAUUUCCAGAUGAAUACUAUCACUCCUGGUAAUCCCUUUGGGAAGACAUCCUAGAACUUUACUUCAAGGCAUUUCUUUCCAAAUAAUGACAUUAAAGAUGAACUCAAUGAUUGUAAGAGCAAUAGAGCCACUUCAGAGUACCUAAUUAAAGCAGCAUAAAAGUAGACUUAGCUGUCACUUUUUAACAGGAAGGGCUCAAUAUAGUCUAUUUAGUCAUUCGCUCCCACUGUGAUGAAGUCUCAUCACUCUAAGAAUCAGACUGAGUAUGAGCUGCCCAAUAGAUAUGAUAUGGUGAAUAACAUUAUCAUUCAGUGCGUGGACUUGAAUCAAUAGUCAAACGAAGAUAAAAUAAAAGCUGGAAAGAUAAAAAAGGUAAAUUAGGAGAUUGAUAGCAUGUACCGAUAAAUUUAAACCACUUAAAAGGUCAAUAAGCAUAUUUGCAAUAAAGAUUAACUUGCUGUGCCUCAUAUAUGA